AUGGGAAACUCUUGCACAGGAACUAGGAAAAGGGCUUCAAGCUCGAACAUUUUGACUCUAUCCAAUGCAGGCGAGCUAAACUCUUUGCUUGAUAGACUCGGCUCAGAACAAGUGAACUUGCUUCAGGAAAAAUUCAGACGAUAUCAAAUAUCAGGUGGCCUUGAUUUUGAAAACUUCCAGCAAAUGAUGCCUCAAAUAAACCAGCUUCCUCAAUCUGCCAUUAAAUCAGCCUUUUAUUUAUUUGACAUUCACGGGACUGGCAAAAUUUCAUGAAAAGAUUUUUGCGUUACAAUGUCGAAAUCUAUUUUAGGAAGAAGGCAAGAUAAAUGCGAGUUUGUUUUCAAAGUCUUUGACAUAGAAAAUGAAGGAGAAUUAAAAGGGAAACAUUUAGCCAGCUUUUCAAGGUACUGUGAAGACGCAAUUCGGCACUUUGGAGGAUCUCUGGAUAAUGAUGAAUUCAUUGAAAAGCAUAUUCAGCAAGGAAAGCCAUUACAAUUUAAUGAAUUCAAGGAUUGGGCAAUUGAAAAUCUGGAAUUGCAUAAGCUAUUACAGCCUUUUGAAAUCAUUCCUUCUGCAUUGAGCGAAAAAGAAAUAAUUAAAAAAAUUUUAUUGGAAUCACAAAAAGCUGGAUUAAGGGUAGGUGACAAAUGAAAUGUGAUUUCGUUGAAAUGGUUUGAGGCAUGGAAAAAAUAUGUGGAUUUUUAUUUUGGAGAUGAAAAAAUCGAUGAAAGUAACCCUCAGGCUGCAUUUGCGAAGUUUAGGUCAAAGUCUGUUAUGCAUGGAAUGAGACCUAUUGAAAUUACUAAUAGUGAAAUACAAAGUGAGGAUUCAGAGCUAGUUAUUGAUGAAAUGCAUCAAUUGGGAUCAGAUUAUGAAUUAAUACCAGAAAAGGCAUGAAAAGAACUGGUAAGUUGAUAUGGCGGAGGGCCUGAAUUUUCAAGAGAAGUCAUUCUUGAGAAUGGAGUUCCUGUUAUUGAAGUGGACUUACCUUUGCUGAAAAUUCAUGUACAAAAUAAGCACGGAUCUUUCUCGAAAGAUCCACUUUGCCUGACUCUUUCAAAGAAAAAGAAAAUCAAAGACGUUAUCAGUGCCAUCAUGAAGAUGAAGAAACUAGAAGGAGAGUUCAAGCUUUAUUUAAUCCUCCUUUAAGAGCGAGAAGCUAUUAAAAAAAGAAAAUUAAUAAAAUUUAUAUAUAUAAUUAAUUAUAUAUAAAUUUUUAAAUUAGAUUUUUCUUUAAAAAAAAAAUUACCAACGUGAGCAGAAAAAUCUUACUUGCUCUUAAAGGGUGAGCUAAUAAAAGAUAAAGCUGUACAACUUUUGGAUCCUUGCUCUACUCUUGAAGAGUCUAGCAUAGCGGGCUCUUGCGUUUGUAGGUUUGAAAGAGAAACAGAAGGUGAAAAGAAUAAUGGCUUUGAUAAUAUUAUUAUUGAUGAGUAUAAAGAAGGUGACCAUAUAGAAUUUAUGAAUGAAGAAAGCUGGAAUCCUGGAUAUAUCAAAGAAGUUACAGAAAGGGAAUACAUAAUUGGUGGAGCCUGGCUGAAACUUUCUAUUAAAAUUUUGAAAUCUGAAACACAUUUAUUAAGAAAACCUGCAAGAUUUCCUAUAACGAAUGAGGAGAUCUCAGGAGCAACUGGACUUUUAAACAUAGGAAAUACUUGCUAUCUUAGUGCAGUUUUGCAAUGUCUUGCUAACACCCCUUUGCUGAGUAAUUUUUUUGCAAGUGAAUCAUAUAUGGAAUUUAUUAACACCAAUAACCCAGAAGGAUCUCAUGGGAAGAUUGCAAAAGAGAUGGGGAUUUUACUAGCUUUCUUUUUUAUAAAAUCAUUAUUUAUUUUUGAUAUUUAAAUCUAUUAGCAUUGUUAUUGUAUUUUAAGAACUACAGUAAGGGAAAUGAAAAGUGAUAAAUAUGAAGCUUCAACUCCAAAAAAAAUUUUUAAUUCCCCUUCCAUAAUUUUGCGUGCUCAUGGAAGGGAUUAAAUUUUUUUUUAAAAAAUCUCUUUAUGCUUUAGGAUGCAAGUUGCUGAAAAUUGAAUAUAAUUAUAUAGAGAUUUCAUUUUAAUAAGCAUAUAUAAAUAACAAAUAUUCCUUAUAAAAAAAAUUUUGCUUGAAAAGAAGGGUAUUUUUGAUUUUUGACGAUUGGGGAAGAGCUAGAAGAAUUUGCAAAGGUAAAAACAGAAUUUCAAGGCAACGAUCAGCAGGACAGUCACGAAUGCUUGAGUAUGCUAUUGCAAUGCUUGCAUGAAGAUUUAAAUAGAAGGCCGAAAUCUUCAGUUGGUCAAAGUUCUAUGCAAAUUACAUUAGACGACCCUGACGUCCCAACUGAAAGAGCAAAGAGUAAAGAGCAAUGGGAAUCCUUGCAAGGGUCAUGGGGUAGCGUUAUUUUUGAUCUCUGCGGAGGACAGACAAGAAGGUGUUUGAUCUGUCCAAAUUGCGAAAGCAAAAGAGUGAUUUUCGAGCAUUUCAUGGACUUGAGCGUCCCAAUCCCAUUGAGCCAAGAUGAGUUUCAACUGGUAGUCAGUUUUAUUCCUAGAUCAGCAAAAGACUUUCAAAAAUUCAGAUUUAGAGUUUCUUCAACAGACACUUUAGAAACUUUGCUUGAAAGGUUUCAAUCAAGAGUUCGAGUUCCGUUAAAUAAUUUGCUAUUUGCUUGGGUUCAAGAAAGCAUCAUUGUUAAAAUUUUUAACCCAGUCACAGUGAAAGAGUGCCUAAAGAGAAGAUAUGAUCUUUUUGUAUAUGAAAUUCUAUCUAGUAUACAAGAGGUUGAAAAUGAUGGAAUUCCUACAUUAAAGCACAAACCAAGUAAAGAGUGAAGAAAUAAUUUGAAGAAAGGACAAAUGGUUGACUAUAUGGUGAGCGAUUUAGGAUGGAUUGAAGGAGAAAUUGUAAAGAUUUCUUCUGACUAUAUAAAAAUUGAAAUUGAAAAUGACUCACUCCCCUUAGCUAGCGAGCAAGCCAUUAGAAAAAGCCCUAUUUUGGGAAAAUUAAUCUAGUUAUUUUUGAUAUAGAAUUAAUUAAAUGCUAAUUCAAUUUUUUUUUAUAUAAGAUUUGAAAUAAAAUUUAAAAAAAUUAAUUUCCCUUGGAUAAAGAGAGAGAUUUUUGCUCUAUAACCAAGUUGCUAGUUAUUAAAAGCAAUUUCCUCACAUUCAAAUGAUAGAAACUUGGCUCCACACCGAAAACACACUACAAAUGAAGAUUCUAUAUUCUAUAUAUGCUUAUACCAUAUGAAAAAAUAUAGACACUCCAAAACUUUCUUUGGAGUCCCGCAGAUUCUUUCACUUGGGAAUUGGUACACUUGAAAAAAAUUAAAAAUUUUAAUAAUUUCCAAAUGGCAAACAAUUACAAAGCAAAGUGAUUUUGAAGAUUAUGUAUAUAUUUCUCUUCUUAAUACAAAAACUUAUGAUUGCGCAUUAUGUGGAGACGAAGAUUGCUAUGGAUGCCCAAUCCCAGACUCAAAUGAAAAAAUCACAUGAAUGAUGGAAAACUCAAGUAAAAUUGCAUUGUGCCUUAGAUGAAAGAAUCCGUAUUGGAACAGAGAAUAUGUUCCAUUUGAAGGAGAAGAUAUUGACUCAUAUACAAUUUAUCAAUGCUUACUCUCAACACCCCUUGAUCGAGAAAUUGGUAUAAAAAUUUCACAAUUUUGAAUGUUAACCCCAUCUUAAUAUUAUACGUUAAGAAUUUUUUAUAUAAUUAUACAGAUUUUACAGUUGGGAAAUAUCCCUUUUUGUGACCGUUUUCUCAUGAAAAGAGUGCUUCCGCAAUAAAUUUUAAUUUUUAUUUUAUUAAUGAAAUAUAGAGUAAAUCUUUAGCUGAACGUAUCAAAAUAAUGGCAAUCAUUGAUUAACUAAAUAAUAUUUUAAUCCUGAUAUUUAAUUCCUAAAAACUCUCUUAUUUAAAAUGUAUUUUCUUUUCUAUAUGAUAUUUUAGCACCAUCUUUGAUUGUUCUUUGGGAUCGUUCGAUCAACGAUAGAAUGCAGAGUUAGAAGAAUACACUAAGCUUGAAACACUUGAUAUUGAAUGCGGCCACUGCAAUUACCCAAAAUUUACAACCCAGAUGGAAAUUUGGAGAGUCCCUGAUAUCUUGAUCAUUCAUUUAAAGCGCUUCAGCUUUCUAAAUGGUCAGCUUGCAAAAAUUAACUAUAAAGUUACUUUUCCUCUGCAAGAUCUUGAUAUACUAAUUGACCAAGAAUAGCCCACUAAGGAGCCAUUCUUGGUCUGCCAGAAAAAAUUUUGACAAAAGAUCCUAAUCUGCCAUUACCACUGAGUUUUGGUGUUUCCAAAUUUUUUGGGCAAGCCAAAUGCAAUAAAAAAAUUGUUCUUUUGCGAUGAUGCAUUUGGCUUGUCAAAAAAUUUGGCAACACCAAAACUCAGUGGUAAUGGCAGAUUAGGAUCGUUUGUCAUUACCACUGAGUUUUGAUGUUGCCAAAUUUUUUGACAAGCCAAAUGCAUCAUCGCAAAAGAACAAUUUUUUUAUUGCAUUUGGCUUGCCCAAAAAAUUUGGAAACACCAAAACUCAGUGGUAAAUGGCAGAUUAGGAUCUUUUGUCAAAAUUUUUUCUGGCAGACUAAGAAUGGCUCCUUAGUGGGCUAUUCUUGGUCAAUUAGUAUAUCAGCUCUUGGAUGAUCAGCUCUGAAAAAACUUCAGGAAACACAGUGAGUACAACAAGGGAGAAUUGCCUAUAUGAUCUUUUUGCAGUUGUGAAUCAUUCAGGAAACCUUGGAAGUGGCCAUUAUACCAGUUACUGCCUCGCUAAUAACAAAACUUGACUCUUCUAUGAUGAUGACAAAGUAUAUGAAGUUACUGGAGACCUUGAAGAAGAAUUAAUAACACCAAGAGCUUACAUAUUAUUUUAUAGGAGAAGGAGAUUUGCAUCUAGCAAUGUCGUCAAUUUAUCAGCUUUAAUUUAA